UUUUUCAGUGUAAACUGCUGAUAUAUAGAAGAAUGAAAUAUAAAUUACUGUUACAUACUCAACUUGUAUAGACUGUUAGUUUCUGAAUUAAAUGGUUCGUAAUCCACAAAGCCGAAGGCACAAAUGGUGUUUGUGUGAUGACAAAGAAAUAAUUGGAACCAGAUACUUUCCAGACUUAUGCAUCCAAUUACCAGACACAGAACAUGAAAUAGCAACAGUGUCUGUUAUUUAGAGCGUAAUAAAAUCAAGUUUGAAACCAAACAUGAUCAGCUUGAAUAGCCUCAACAACACAAAAGAUUUCUCAGUCGUGAAACUUUGAGUAAUGAUUUGGCAUAAUCUCUGAUGUGAUUUGUGUAUUUGUUUUUCUUUGGUCUUUUUUUAUUUAUUUUUUUACACUUUUAAGCUCAGAAAUGAUUCCGUUUGGUGACAAUCUAGUAUUCCCAGUAUCCUGUAAAUAACCUUAGCUACGUUAUACACAGUUCUACUUCCUAAUUACUUACAUUACAGUAGUUGUUGUGUCUCUUUUCUUAUGUUUUAUCUUAAAUGCUUUAAGAAAUUUCUGAAUAUGUCAUCAUGGCAUUGCUAAUACCUUCAGGCUUUUUUAGUGCGUAGAGGGAGAUGACAGAAAUACCCUGCAUAAAACAGUCUUUCUUUAAUGAAAAACUGUCCAUGUGCUUAGAACUUGUGGCCCAGACCAUGUAUAAAACAAUGCAUAUUCAACACUUCAUCUAUUUAAACUCAUUAAUUCAUUCACUUUUAUUUAUAGAGCACUUUACAACUUCACCUGCAGACCAAAACACUGUACAAUCAAGAAACACUUCAUUAAAACACACAACUUAAACAACACCCAUCCUAUUAAACAAAGACUAGCCCAGGCUCUCAAAGGCUAAAGAUAAGAAGUAGUUUUUGACUUUAACUUUAAAAGCAUUUAAAGGUGAGACCUCUCCAAGUUCCUGAGGAGCUUAGACUAUUCCAGAGCUUCGGCCCCGCAUCAGCAAAGGCCUGAUCCCCUUUAACUUAGUACUUUAAAUAAGUACGAGGGACAGGAAGCAAUAACUUAUUAUGAGAUCUUAGAGACCUAGGUACUUGACAAACGGCAAUGAGCUCAGACACGUAAGCAGGGCACAUCCCAUGCACUGCUUUAAAAACAUACAAAAUAGUUUUAUAUUUUCUCCUGUAGUUCCCUGGUAGUCACUAGAGAGAAGCUAAAAUAGGAGUGAUAUGAUAACUUUUCUUAGCACCCACUAGCAGCCUAGCUGCUGCAUUCUGAACUAGUUGUGAGCAUGAAACAGUGGUUUAAAAAUUUAAAUGCAAUACAAAGGCUUAGUGCCCAGGGCAUUUCUUUACUAUUUGUUGGAGUGGCAUAUAGAAGCAUUACUAUUGUGAUCGAUGAUUGCUGUCUUAUUUCUGUUAUAAUGUCUUCUUAUUGCCAUUCAGGGCUCCAUGAAUCAAAGCAGUGAGCUGUAAAAUUAGAUACAGAGACUGCCAAGGCUUUUACGAUCCUCUGAAGCCCUUGCAGAGAAAACCAGCUAAGAAUAUUUCAAGAUAUUCUGAUUCGACAGAGUUGAUUUUCAGUUAUUGAUCGCUAGAUAUUAGUUUGGGAAACAUAAUCACUAUUUGGCUGCUCUUCCUUUUCAUUAAAUUCAAUGCAAAACACUCCCUCAGCCUACUAAUAGUCAGACAAACAGAUAGUCAGGAUGAUCAGAUAUGCUGAGAAAAGUUUUGAUGGCACCACAGACUCAACCACUUUUGACACAAGCACAUUUCAUUGCUUUAUGCUACGACCUUUUGACAGAUUUUUCUCUUUGUCGUCUAUUGUCCAUUUUUAUUGGUUUCUCUUCUGAAAGUAUUAUAAGCAAUGCAUUUCUCCAAACACUUUGUCAUCAGCUUCGGCAUCAUGGUAAUCUCUAUAAAGCACCUACCAUUCCUACACACAGAUGUACACAAAAUACAUUUUCAUGUGUGCGCUCUACAUUUGACCGAUGAAUCACUCCCACUUUAUGUGGAAUCUCAGGGGGCAAACACUGUAUCCUGACAGUUUGUGGAAGAAGAAAAACUAGCAGAUUUUCAAUAGGCAAUAAGUUCACAAGGAUAAGUAUAAGAUUAGAAUAUACAACUGAGAUUGAAUCUUAUUAUAUUAUAUAAUAUUAUAUUUAAAUAUAAUGAACAAUCACAUAUCUGUAACUCACCCGUUUCAACCCUAAUUGAUCUGAAUGCCUCAAAAUGUGUUGCUAACAUUUAAAAUGACUGUUUAGAGUAAUCCAUUUUUCAGACCAAGGGAAAGAGUGUGAAGAUUUACAAUGUUGGAAAUGUGCAUUACCAAACACCUGAUAAGUGCUAUAUACUGUAGGGAAUGGGAAGUGAUUUUGGACAUGGGAUGGUGUGGCUAACUGUUAAUGAACUCAGGGUGUUGAUGCUGAGCAAAUCGGCAUGUGCGCUAAACUCCUGUGGCUUGUUUGUCACAGUUAGGCCUUGCAGUUUCCUCUAAGCUGUCACACAAGCACAGGCACAGUGGUGUCUCCUGUCCAUCACAUCUGACCCCGUCUGCACUCCUUUCAAAUCCUUCUUCAACACAGGCAUUUGGCUGUUCAUCUUUGACAAUCUUUGAAAAUUACUUGAUUUAACAGUUAUAUAAAUCAUGGAUGCACACUCCAGAAGCACUGGCCAAGCAUUUUAUACCAUACAAUGCCAAGUUUCUGGGGCAUACAGAAGUUGAUCAACCCAAAGGUACAGAGGUGGUGAAAGAUGCCGUCAGAAAGCUCAAGUUUCAGAGACAUAUUAAGAAGUCAGAGGGACAGAAGAUCCCAAAAGUGGAAUUACAGAUCUCCAUCUACGGAGUAAAAAUAUUAGAUCCUAAAUCAAAAGAAGUACAGCACAACUGUCAGUUGCACCGGAUAUCCUUCUGUGCAGAUGAUAAGACAGACAAAAGGAUAUUCACAUUCAUUUGUAAAGAUUCAGAGUCCAACAAACAUCUCUGCUAUGUGUUUGACAGUGAAAAAUGUGCAGAAGAGAUAACUUUGACCAUCGGCCAAGCGUUUGACUUGGCAUACAAGAAGUUUCUGGAGUCCGGGGGAAAAGACGUAGAGACUAGGAAACAGAUAGGUGGCCUACAGAAAAGAAUUCAAGAUCUUGAAGCUGAAAAUUCCGAGUUGAAGAAGCAGUUGCAAGUCUUAGAGGAACAGCUGAUGAUUGCUCAAGUUCCUCCUCUUCUUCACAUUAACUCUUCUAAUGAGGCCUAUAUGCUUCAGAGACCCUCAUCUCUCUUCUGGUGUCACAACGUGACUUCAUUCUCUUGCCUCGAAAUUUCUUCUGUUACACUAACGCCAAUGAGCUCACCCGACUCUAACCUUUCUGCUGGUCUUCUGACUCCUCCACCUGCUAAACCAGCUUUGUCGAAGCCUCCGAGUGGAGCCAGUGUUCCUCACCCUCCUGGAAGCAGCAUGUCCUCGAAGACGCCCACUGACAUAUUUGACAUGGUUCCAUUUUCUCCAAUGACCCCAUUGGUUCCAUUACCAGCAAGUAAUGGCUCGGCCCCUCAGCCCCCGGCAAAGCCUACAGAGAUUAGCAAAGACCUGUUUGGUGCAGAGCCAUUUGACCCUUUCACCUGUGGAGCAGCUGACUUUCCUCCUGACAUCCAGUCCAAGCUGGAUGAAAUGCAGGAGGGGUUCAAAAUGGGACUAACAGUAGAGGGCACUGUCUUUUCCCUCGAUCCACUAGAAGGUCGCUGCUGAUGCCAAGAAGAAAGUUUUGUCACUUUCAUGUUAAACCAUUUGUACUAAAGUGCCAAACUCGGGUUUACAUUCAAGAUGUCAAUGUCUUAUAUUUUGUUUUAUGUAUUUGCAUUAUGCAUUUGGUUUACGAAAAGUCUAUUGAGAAAUCUGAAGCAGUAGAUCACUAUUUUUGUAAGAACUAAAAAAAAGGAAAAAACUAGUAAUGUAGUUUUAACACCCUUUGCUUGUACAGGCAAUGAAGGAAGGUAUGUUCAAUUGCACAGUCUGUGUUGACGUUUCAUAUUUUUUUAUGUGUUACACAUACAAGCUACUGUUUUUAAUCUGUAUGGUAUAUUAUAAAUCAUAAACACAUACAAUAUUAUCAUUAUGGAAAGAUCCCUUUACGUUAUAUUUUUACUUUAUUUUUAACACUUAAUGCAGUACUAUACAUAAUAACAUUCCUUUUGUAUCAAAUCUCAUGUUAAAUUACUAUAUUGUUUUUGUUAAUAGCAAUGGAUCCUUUAAAAUCAGUAUUUUUUAACUCAACAGCAGUUAAAUUGUAGGACUGGACUAUUUCCACAUUAACAUGUACUUGUAUUGCAGUUUAAUUGUAUAUGAUAUAUUUUAGUAUACUCUUGCACAAGGAAGCACUUUGAAAGAGCUCUGUUCAUGUAUUAUUGUUAAUUCAGCAUUAUUUUAGCCUUUGCUGUUGUAGUCAUUAAAAGAAAAUGGUACAUAUUCUCUGUAUAAGUCAUGUUUUGUAAAAUGUCUUUCUUAGACCUUUACGUGCAUUAAAUAAGAGACCUUG